AUGUCCGAACCACCCAAAGGCCGAAUAGCCAUAAAAUUCGGCUCAACCGCCUCCCAAAAAACCUCAAAACCAUCCCGCACAGCACCAUCCUCAACCCUCGGCAAGCGGCCGCGCUCGCACGCCCUCGGCGCAGACUCCGAUUCCGAACCAGACAAUGACCACCACCACCAGAAACACGAAGCAAUAACCGGCUUUGGCGCCAACGGCGCAGAAUCAAAACACAAGAAACAAGUCCCCAAGAAGGAAUACGUCAUCGCGAAACAAGCAAACCGCGACUGGAGGGGCGAACUCAAAGCGCAGCGCAAACCCACCAACCAAGACCAUGAAUCGACGGACAGAGAGCCUGCCGAUCAGGAUAAAGGUCUAACAUGGGGCCUUACCAUUAAAGAAAAGACAGAUCAACCUACGCCGGAACCUCAUGAAUCCCCAGAGCCAGAAACAGCGCCAAAGCCCCGAUCAGCAGAUGAGGAAGCCCUCGACGCACUACUAGGCAACAAACCCAAGGAGACAAAGGUCAUCACCACAGAAGACGAUGUAUAUAAGCGGGAUGCUGAGGCCGCAGGCGUAGCAUCCACAUUAGAAGACUACGAGGCCAUGCCAGUCGAGGAAUUUGGCGCGGCUCUCCUCCGAGGAAUGGGAUGGGACGGGGAGCACCGCGGCCCAAAGGUCAAGGAUGUGAGGAAGCGGCAGAAUCGGCUGGGUCUGGGGGCGAAGGAGCUGAAGGGUGUGGAAGAUCUGGGCGGCUGGAACCAGGGGAGUAAGAAGAGGAGGCCGCGGUUGGAUGAGUAUAGGCGGGAGGAGAGCAAGAGGAAGGAGGGGAGAGGGAGGGAGGAUAGUUAUAAGAGGGAGAGGGAGAGGGAUCGGGAACGAGAUCGGUAUAGGGAUGAUAGGGGUAGACAUAGAGAUGAUCGGGAUAGGAGGCGGUGA